AUGGCAAAAACUGAGAAAAUUGCAUUUAUCCUUGAACAAGUCCACUUGUGCUUGGAUCGUCAAGAUUAUGUUCAGGGAGCUCCUGCUGAUAUACUUUCUUUGUUGGAGCUUAAGCGAAAUUACUAUGAGCUAAUGAUUGGGUAUUAUUCUCAUAACAAUGAGUACCUUGAGAUCUGCCGUAGCUACAAGGCAAUAUAUGGCAUCCCUUCUUUUAAAGAAACCACAGAGCAGUGGAUUCCAAUCCUGAGGAAACUCUGCUGGUUCUUGGUAUUGGCACCUCAUGAUCCUGAGGAAGAUCUGCUGGUUCCCUCCACCUCCGUCAAGGUUAGUCUUCUUAUGGGAGUGGUAAUUUUCGUCUUGGCUUAG